AUGCACCUUUUGAGAACUCUGGGAUCCUUUUUUUCCCUAGUCUCACACCCGUUCGCAGACGCAGAUAUUGCAAUUACCUACGGUGCCCACCACCCUUGCAAAAGGUCGCUUCCCUCGAGGGUUUGGACACGAACCCGGCGCAACCUUCGUAACCCACUCCUGCUUGCAAAACUCGCUCUCCUCACUGCACUAUCUCUAACAACCCUGGCCGCCGCUGCGUUUGCCUACAAUUACGCGGCAAAAUCCUCGGGCACUCGAAUUCGUGUACUUUCAACAACGUUCCGAGUUUCAGUCCCGGCAAUGGACCGCGCUGCAUACACACUGUUUGCAUCUGCGCUGCUCCCAGCACCAGAUACAAAUUCUUCCACAAGAUUAGUGCAACCUCAUACCAUCACCACUACCACCACUAUUCAUUGGCAAUCGACUUCUCAACUGCACAACUCUACAGACCUUUGGUCGCAACUUGACCGUGCCUUGGACUUAGAGCAAUGGCCACGCCCAGCGUUCACCAUUUACUUCUCGGGGACCCAUUGCGUCGUGGUUGAUGCUGCUGGUACAAGGAUUCUUUGUGCAGACCGCACAAUUCCACGGGCCCGUAUCAUGCUCACGCACGGCUUGUCGUCUCGUUUUGAUGAGCUUGUAGCCGAAACUGUGGCCGAGAUGUGGUCGUGCGUGGGGGACUCUUUUGAUUCCUUGGCACCGCGUACAACCUAUGGCUGUACCCUACGUCCUCUAUGGGAAAACACAUACACGCUAUGUUCGACGGCAAAGUUACUGUGUCUGUUUCUGUUUGCUAUAUUGGGUGUUCGUGUUUUCCAAAUUGGCGAGGAGAUUGUUACCACUCCUUCAUGCGAGGUCCCUGCGUCUGCUCUUUCUCCCAAACUUUCUGAUUCCCAUUCACUUUUUUCCCAAGAAGACGAAGACGAAGAAAACAAAACUUGUUCUCCAACUUUCCUUGGCCUCCCAUUGUACCUUGUAUUUGAAGGUUGUGUCGUUCUCGCAAGUCUCCCAUUUGUCAUACAGUACCUGGUGCGCGCCACGCUAUGGACCCGUGCAUGUCGGUGUUAUUUCGCUUCUCUGCACCCUCCUGUUUCUCACAUUACUGCCCGUGUUCGCUGGCCUGGAAUUGCGCUCCAGUAUCUGUUUGGAACUCUCCCUCUGUCCCAGCUUGUUUUGUCGUCAGGCUGUGCCCUAACAAUUCGUGUGUGGCUGGGUGUUGCGAUGCGUCGUAGGAUUGUGGAAAAACGUCUACGGACUUUGACUCAAUUGCGCAAAGAAAUGGAAAAUAGAAUGAAACUUGAGGUUGAAGAGCGACGACGGUCUUAUACUCGUAGUUGA